AUGGACGCACCUUCGGACGUCAACACCGCGGAGCUGACGGGCGCUGUUCCAAUUGCCACGCAGUCGACAUACGUCGACGACCAACAAACAGCUACUACUCAUGAAACCCAAGGACGGAUUGGCAAUCGUGGUAUUAGGCAUGCAAUUUCUUCUACGAUGGCUGAUGAGAUCAUGGACGACACACAGCUGCACAUCGCCCACCCCGAACGGGCACACCAUGGAAAUGAGGGCAGCAACAUCAACGCGACGCACCACUCUGACAACGAAGUCGGGCUUUUCGUCGGCGUCCAGGACUCGGUGUUGAGAGUGGCGUCGAACGAGACUGAGAACGGGAGCGAAAUGCAGGAGCUGGGCGACGGAGGCAAUUCCCCAAUCCCAUACAGUGGCAAUAUGGCAGGCGAUGGCCAGGACGAUGACGAAGCUAUGGACAACAAUCUUCCGCCCGCCAACGCUGAAGUCAGUGGUGUUGGACCCUCGGUUGGCCCCCCUUUAGAUCAGUCCAUUGACCUAGCUGACAAUGAUUCGCCUAAUGAGGGCAUCUUCGCCGAGAUGCUUGACCCCGAUACGGAGCAUACGGAGGUAGAGAGUGAUGGAGAUGCUGAAGUGGACAAUGAUGGUGAGCGUUCAGCGCCCGAACGAGAUCCAGAGAUCAAUCAACACAGUUACAUCGGCUCCAAUAAUGGCACGAUACACGACUGCUCUCGAACGAGACAGAUCAUCGCAGAGCAUCUUUCCAUUCAGGGUCAACAGACUUUCGAGUCACUCGACGACCUACUUUCCUCGCACAACGCUCCCGGUCGGGGACUCUACAAGAUCGAGGAGGUGGUCGAGGAGAAGAAGAAAAAGGCUGCAGAACUAAAAGAAGAUAUACGAUGCCUCAAGGCGCAGCUCGAUGUGGUGAGCGAGCUGAGAGAUGAGGCAAGGACGGUCAUGAUACGAGCGUGCAUGAAUUUCUCCGACACUUGCGGUGCGGCUGGAAUUUCCAACGAGCUAUGGGCAGAGUACGAGGCAUUCUGCGAGUCGCUGGAGUCUAAACUUGGCAGCAGAGAUGGCUGGUCUGUCACCUGCUUCCAGAACCACAACAACUCCUACAUCCACUGGGAUCCCGAUCUUGACCUUUUCAAGGAGACGGCGGAAAUGCCGCUGGAAGAUUGCAACUUCCGCUGUGAGGCUUCCACGAUCAACAAGAAUGGAAGCACGGAAUAUGUUGUGGAGUUCUGGCCUCUCUUCCGUCUUGAGCCUCGCGAGGGGACUGCGAAAACAUGGGAGCAGCAAUAUCCUAAGCUCUACCAACUUGCAAAGGAGGCCGUGCAUAAAUCUCUUGGAGAUAAUACUGUGACCCAAGAGCUGCUUUUGUCACUUCCAAAUCCGAACCUUCCGUUUACCAGUGGAUGGAUGCUGGAGUACGCUCCAGAGCCUGCCAAGGCGAGCCAUAACACGCUGUCCCGGAGGUGGUCUUAUCGGAGAGCAUGCAGAAUUCCUGUGGCCGGGCAGCAGGACCCUCCCAAAAGCUAUCUCGCAACCACAUCAGAAUCAAAUUCUACGACAAGCAAAGACAUGGAGAUGGAUUAUGAGUGGUCUGAAGAAUCUUCUGAAAGCCAAGAUGUGAACAUGGAGGACCAUGGUUCUGAGUCGGCUGAAAGCUUGGUCCGGGAUUCGGAGGAGACUUAG